AUGAAUUUUCGAGCACUAUUUCUAUUUGUUUUUUUGCUUGUGGUAGCCGCAGCUGCGUUUCCAUCAGAAGGAAAUAGACUAAGGCGUGACGUCGCGGAGGAUGCAAAAACUGCUGCCGCUGAUGCGAAAAAGGCAGCAGCCAAGGUAGCCGACGAUGCUGCCGCCGCGAUUAAACCAACGGAGAAGAGUACAAGCAGAAAGUAG